AUGUUCUCUGAUGGCCCGGAGUAUACAUUCCUCAGGGACUUGGUAAUCCCGGAGGAGAUGCCAUACAUGGUGACCUACUAUAAUAAGUUCAGGUUACCCUAUGUCCCCCAGCAAGUAGUUAUAGUCAACGGCCAACUUAGUGCUCAAGAAAAUGCUGCUAGGUUUCCUACCUUGCAAGUCUGUACUGAUAUAAUAGCACUAUUUGUUAGGCGCACCUUACAGCGCCUGCGGGUGAUAUAG